AUGUCCCUACCAAAUACAAUGCAAGCAGUCGUCAUCGAAGGUGACAAACCAGUUCUAAGAUCUGGUGUUCCCCUACCAGAAUUGGAAGAAGGUUUCGUCCUAGUGAAAACAAAGGCGGUCGCUGGUAACCCUACCGAUUGGAAACACGUAGCAUACGGUAUUGGUCCACAAGGUUCUAUCAUUGGUUGUGAUAUUGCCGGUGAAAUUGUCAAAUUGGGUCCUAACGUGGAUGCUAACGAAUUCCACAUUGGUGAUAAGUUGUUUGGUUUUGUCCAUGGUGGGUCUGUCAGAUACCCAACUAAUGGUGCAUUUGCUGAAUAUGCAGCUAUGGAUUCUAAGACUUCCUAUAGAGCUCCAAAAGAUAUGAAGAAUGCCACUGGAGACAGAGUGGAAGAAGGCAAAUGUACUACUUACGAAGAUGUAGCAAGUUUACCUGUUUCUUUAACUACCGCUGCCGUUGCAUUAACUUACAAUUUUGGUUUGAAGAUGGAAUGGAAUCCAAAGACCCCUCAAAAGGAUCAUCCAAUCUUGCUAUGGGGUGGUGCCACCGGUGUAGGUCAAAUGUUUAUUCAAUUGGCCAAAAAAUUGAACGGUUUCUCCAAGAUCAUUGUGGUUGCUUCAAGAAAACAUGAAAAGAAAUUGAAGGAAUACGGUGCUGAUGAAUUGUUCGAUUACCAUGAUGCUGAUGUCAUUCAACAAAUCAAAUCCAAAUAUAAUAAUAUUCAAACAUUAGUGGAUUGUGUUUCAAACGAAACUACAAUUCAACAAACUUAUAAAUGUGCUGCUGAAAAAUUGCCUUCAACUGUCUUACAAUUGACUAUUUUAAGUGAAAAGGACAUUAAAGAGGAAGACAGAAGAUCUAACGUCAAGAUCACCGGUACCUUGUUGUAUUUAUCAGGUGGUCAUGACGUUCCUUUCGGUUCAAUGACUUUACCAGCUUCUCAAGAGUAUAGAGAAGCCACUAUUAAAGCUGUUAAAUUUGUUACUCCAAAGAUCUUGAAUGGUGAAAUUCAUCAUAUUCCAAUUAAGAUUUACAAGAAUGGGUUAAGGGAUGUUCCUCAAUUGACUGAUGAUAUUAAGAACAAUAGAAAUUCUGGGGAAAAAUUAGUUGCCACCCUUAAUUAA